GGCCACCCCUCAAGCCGAUUUUCUAAGAACAUGUGGCUUUUGUCAAAUGGAAAUUUUAGGGUAUUACGAAGGGUUUGUCUAAAUUCUUGAGGGUAUUAAUUAAGUAUAUAAUAAAUAUAUUUUUUAUAAUUAAUUUAUAUAAAAAUAAAAAAUUAAUUUUUAUUUUAAUAUUAUUAUAUAAAUAAUUUUAAUUAAUUAAAUUUAAAUUGAUUUUUAUUAUUUUUUAUAUAAAUUAAUUAUAAAAAAAUAUAUUUAUUAUAUAUUUGAUUUGUACUCUAAAGACAUUAAAUAAAAAAAAAUAAUUACCCCACCAACAAAAAAGGAAAGGGGUGUUCAAUUGGAAAGAUGUCCAUGUCUAACCAAAAAUACAGAGCACAUACACGUAUCUUGCAGAAACAAUUGGACUUGGUCAACGGUUCGGGCUUAUGGAGCAACAAUAAGAGGAUAAAUUAUAGCAACCACCACCACAAGCUGUUCAACUUAUAAGAGAGGUGUAAUUAGCACUUCCAUUUGGAAAGGAAGAGACAACACUGAGAAGUUCAUAAGCAGUUGAUUGAUGGGGGAUGAACAUGAAGCAACUGAUCGUCUCGCCACUCGGAUAGAUGAAAAGCUUCCAUCAUUUUCAACAGUUUCAUUGCCAAUGUGUUUCAAAGUACCUAAUCUACUACGCCAGACAAAUGAAAAGGCCUACGAACCUCAAAUAAUCUCAAUCGGACCUUAUCAUCAUGGAAAAGAUCAUUUGAAAGGCAUGGAAGCGCACAAAAUGUUUUAUCUAAAUAGGCUCCUUCAAAGAAGAGGGGAGACUGGUGUGCGUAAAUAUGUGAUGGCUUUGAAAGAUAAGGAAGAAAAGAUUCGCAAAUGCUAUGCAGAACCUCUGAUUCAUAAUAUUGAUGGAGAUGCACUUGUAGAAAUGAUGCUCCUUGAUGGCUGCUUCAUCAUUGAGAUAAUCCGCAAGUAUCAGACUUGGAAUUGUGGAGAACUCCGAGAAAGGAAUGAUAAUUUUCCAAAUUUCAACGUGGUAAGCAUAGCCUGUGAUUUAUUACUGGUGGAAAAUCAGCUGCCUUUCUUUGUACUAUCAGAGCUGUUUCAUAUGACUCGAGAGCCUAAUCAAGAGAAUGUUCAUGGCUUCAUUCUAACGGCCCUAGAUUUCUUCUCUAGAGUGAUGCCAGGCUGCGGAAAUGGAAUUGAACCACCUUUUGUAAUCUCUGACCAAAUUACCAAGUAUCUACUCGGCUUAGUGCUUGAUAGCUGGGUUCCUUCGGCUGAAGCAAGACUAAAUUACAACCAAAGUUCAGAAGAAUAUGGUGGAUGGAAUUUUAAACGUAGUGCAAUAGAGCUCCGAGAAGCAGGAAUCAAGUUCAAGAAGAUGGAUAAUGAGAAGAGCUUCUUUGAUAUUAAGUUUGAGAACGGUGUACUGUGGAUACCAACCAUAGAAAUGUAUGAUUAUACAGACUCCAUCCUUCGUAAUUUUAUUGCCCACGAACAAAGCCACAACAAGCACCCAAGGUAUGUCACUGAUUAUGUCACAUUCAUGGAUUGCUUGAUUAACACCAGGAAUGAUGUUGAGUUACUCCGUCAGUCUGGAAUUAUUGUUAAUGGGUUAGGUGAUGAUGAGGAUGUUGCCACCAUAUUCAACGGGCUAUGCGACUCAAUUGUGUUUUCCAACGAGAACUUCUAUUCGGAGAUAAUUAAUAAUGUGGAGAAAUAUUCUGGUAGUAAGUGGAAUUUAUGGAUGGAAAACUUAAAGCACAAUUACUUCAACACUCCAUGGGCAUUGAUUUCGUUCCUUGCUGCUGUUUCCUUGCUCAUACUUACGGUUGUACAAACCAUAUAUUCUCUUCUUUCUUAUUAUAAUACUGUCAAGUUGUUUUCUUAGAGCUUAAAUAAGUGAAGCUAAAAGCUAACAUGAAAAUGUAGUCAUUUGAGCAUCUGACUGCUUGUAAUGUAGUUUGUAUGCAGAUUACUAAAAACCUUGCCAGGAU